GAUCUCCCUCCUUCCAUCUCUAUCUGUUUGAAACAUCCACAAAGACCACGAUCUCCUAGCUCUCGGCCAUGGCGACGCCACCACCCCCACCCCCGGCGGCUGACUUCUGCACCGUGAUCUCCGAAUCGCGACGCAUACUCAAGGCCCACUCCCGCCACUUCCUCGCCCUCUCCGUGCUCUUCCUCCUCCCUAUCUCCUUCUCCCUCGCCGUCUACCCCACUCUCCAGCGCCUCCUCCUCGACUCCUCCUCCUCCUCGAACCCUUAUCACGCCCAGACCCUCCUCAGGCACUCCCUCCUCCUCCUCAAUCAACCGCCGCAACAGCAACGGAGCGGCGUCGACCCGAGGAGCGUGCUCCUCAGCGUCGGGUACACCUCCUUCCUCACGCUUCUGUCUAUCUUCGCCGCGGGCUCCAUCACCUACAGCGUCGUCCAGGGGUUCUACGGCCGGCCGGUCAAGCUCCUCUCGGCGAUCAAGUCCAUAGGAACAUCCUUCUUCCCUCUCUUAUCUACGCUUAUCUGCACCCAAGCUAUCACCUCCUCGAUGGUAAUCGUUUCUGGAAUCUUAGGGAUCUUAAUCCUCAAAGGGGCUGAACUUGUUGUCGGUCAUGAAAUCAGUUAUUCCUCGACCUUCUUUCUCGGAUUAGUAGCGUCGAUCGUGGUGGUUCUAGUGUUGGUAUUGGCGUAUUUGCAAGUGCAGUGGGUUUUGGCGAACGUGAUCGUGGUGGCUGAAUCGGGCUACUGGUUCCUUCCGCUGAGGCGGAGCGCUUACUUGGUGAAGGGAAUGAGAAGCGUGGCAUUGUCGGUGACGCUGUUCUUCGGAAUUCUGUCGGGGAUUCUGGUGUGGACUAGUACUCUGUCGACUUCCGAGUCAGUGAUUGAUGGGAAUGAAUGGAAACGCUGGCAUUUCGUGGUCCAAAUCGUGGCGACGUCGAGCUCCCUCAUGAUGCUGAUGCUGCUCAGUCUGGCCGCGAACGUUGUGCUGUACAUGUAUUGCAAGGCUAUGCACGGGGAGCUGGCCAUGGAGAUUGCCGAGGAGUUCGCCAGGGACUAUGUCAGCCUGCCCUUCGAUGAAGGGAAGGUCCCUCACGUGGUUUCCGUCGCGUAUGCUUGAUCGAUUUGCGAUCGGGUGAGGGGCACUCUCAUUUGACUCCGGUAGUUGUAAGAUUGCUUUCCUUUGCAACUCUGUUUCAUUGAAACAUGCGGCCUCUAGGUGUUAGAUUUUGUUUGUACAAUCAGAGGCCAUGUAUAUUGUACAAGCAACUAUGCAGCAAAUGAAUUUGCACCAGUUAGAAUCUGAUCGGAUCCGGUGCAAUCAUUGUAAUGACGGGUAAUAAAGGUUUCGCAAUUCGG